GUCGUUUCCUGUAUACUAGCAGGUGCAGAAGCUCGAGCGUGUAGAGACCACAAAGUCAGAAUUACUCAGUCUAGGGUAAUCUGUGGAGGAGAUCAGCGCACUCACCGAGAGACGGGGAAGAAAUCGCACAAACUGCUGCCCAGGAGACAAUGAAUAACACAUUGUGUCCUGGUGUCAGCUUUGACUUUACAGGCAAAUUCCUGCCUCCUGUUUUGAUGAUAGUGUUCAUCGUUGGCCUGGUUGCUAAUGGAUGGGGAUUGAAGUCUUUGCUGAAGAACUGGAAGAAACUGGGGGACGUCAAUGUGUUUCUUCUCAACCUUGGACUUGCAGAUAUUUUGUAUCUGCUCACGCUUCCUUUCUUGGUGGUCUACUACAUGGGGAGGAAAUGGAUCUUUGGAGCCACGUUCUGCAAGAUAACGAGAUUCUGCUUCAACCUGAAUUUAUAUGGCACCAUUGGAUUCCUCACUUGUAUAAGUGUGUACAGGUACCUGGCUAUUGUUCAUCCAAUGAAAGUGUUGGGAAGAACGACUGUCACGCAUUCUGUGACAAUCUCUGUGCUGGUCUGGCUGUUGGUGGGUGUUCAAAGUCUUCCAGACAUGUUCUACACCAAGACAUCUGGAAACUACGGUGAGAAAUGCUACGAGACCACCCAUUGGAUGUUCGUUGAGGACUACCUGAAAUACAGCCUUGGAUGGACACUGACUGGGUUUUGUAUCCCGUUCCUCAUCACACUGGGCUGUUAUGGACAUGUGAUUGUCAUACUCUGCUCCAAAAAUUCCACUGAUAAGGUACUGGAACAAAAAUGCAUGAAGUUGUUGUUCAUUUUGAUCCUCCUCUUCUGCGUCUGUUACAUCCCCUAUCAUUUACUCAAGAACCUAAAUCUCUGGUCAAGAGUUCUGACCAAUCAGAAGAUAUGCCAUGGAUGGUCAGAUGGCGUUUACAUCGCUCACCAGAUAAGUCGGGGCCUCGUGUGUCUGAACAGUGCUCUCAACCCUCUGGUUUACCUCCAUGGGAAUAAAGAUAUUCCUGCUCAGCUCAGACGGCUGCUGCAGCGAGCUCGGCACGCUGUCAUGUGCGUGUCCAUCGCCCCUCCUCGAGUUCCCAGGGUGUAGAUUGUCUGACACAAAUGAAAUUAGACAAUUCAUAUCAUCUACCACUAUAGCAUAUUUACUGUCUCAGGGUUUGUGCCUAUCAGACUGUUAUAUCGCUGUUAACAUGCUCCAAAAAGUCAGCUUUCUGUUUAUCAAGUAAAGAUGUGGAGAGAGUACGAUCACGCGUUACGGUCGCUCAGGAAGUUGACUGAAUGUGUAUUACAGGAUGCAGAUUGUGAGUUCCACUAACUGCCACAUAUGUAAUCAUCUACUGUAUAUCACAUGUCAUCUAUUGUAUAUAGGACACUAUAGGAUGCUGAAAAAAAAAACUUUAAUAAAAAAAUAAAGAGCUCUAUUGCCAAAUUUGUGUGAAAAAAUGAUUUUAGGUAAGUUUGGAGGAAAUUCAACAGCCUCCUGGUUGAUUGAGCCCUAUGGAAAGCCCAACAGACGACUGAAAAAUUAACCACUUAAAAGAUUGAAACCUUGACAGCGUGGGGAAGUGAAGAAAGAGAUACUAUGUGGUUUGUGGGCGGGAUGACGCAUUUACCAGGAAACG